GCACCCGACGUCGGCCACCGGGGACUCGGCCGUCCGAGACCGCAGACGCGAUAGUCAAUAAUUGCCUUUGGGGUGCAUCGGAUCGGUUCGGCCGAGAGACCGCGAUCGUGGGCCGCGUGCAACGACCGGAGAACGCAACUCACGUCCCUCGUGGCACCAGAGGGUGGCAACCAGGGGAGGAUGAUACGCGUGGACGAGACUGACCCCGUGGGCGAGAUCGAGCCGAGCUUUCCUUAUCGGGACGUGACCAUACGUCGUGGCGUGGAGUUCAAGGAUCAUUACGACAUCCAGUCGGAAAUUGGACGAGGGAAAUUUGGCACCGUGUAUCGAUGCAAGGAAAAGGCAAGUGGUUUAACGCUGGCCGUGAAGGUGGUGAACACCGUGAAAAAGGAGGAUAGACGAUCCGUGGAACGGGAAGUCGAAAUCAUGAGACGGCUACAGCAUCCACGACUUAUUCAGCUCUACGACGCCAUCGAUACAGGGAGACAGAUCUACGUUAUUUUGGAACUGAUCGAAGGCGGCGAGCUAUUCGAGAGGGUGAUAGACGACGACUUCGUCUUGACCGAGCGCAGUUGUGCCGUCUUUAUGCGACAAAUCUGCGAGGGCAUGGAAUUCAUUCAUCGUCAGAAGAUUCUGCAUCUCGAUAUGAAGCCCGAGAAUAUAUUGUGCCUAACUAAAGAAGGGAACAGGAUUAAAAUCAUAGACUUCGGCCUGGCGAGGGAAUACGAUCCGAAGAAGAAACUGCAGGUUCUAUUUGGCACGCCGGAGUUCGUUGCACCGGAAGUCGUAAAUUUCGAUCAGAUUGGUUUCGGUACCGACAUGUGGAGUAUAGGCGUCAUCUGUUACGUACUGUUGUCGGGCUUGUCUCCGUUCAUGGGCGACACAGACAUCGAGACAAUGGCGAACGUGACCAUCGCGAAGUACGACUUCGACCACGACGCGUUCGCGGACAUAUCCGAGGACGCGAAAGACUUUAUCCGCUGUCUUCUAGUGAAAGACAAAGAAAAACGAAUGUCAGCCACGCAAUGCGGGGAGCACCGUUGGCUAGCCAGAAGGCCGAGCAAGCACCAGGUCGAGCCAAAGGCGUCGCCAAGCCAGAGACCAAAAAUUCCCGAGCAAAUCCCUCAAAACUCACGGGUGCAGAGCAACGCGGACGAGCUGGACGUGACCAAGGACAACUUGAGGCUGUUCGUCGAACGUUGGCGGGAGCAUCCCGACAGCCCCUACAUGAUCGACUUCCCACCUGGCACUUUGUCUCAGCAGAGCGCGUUUCGCGACCGCGACGAGGUGGUGUCUCUGAUGGGACAAAGUCCAUCGCCAUGUGCCAGCAUUUGCAGCACGUCCUCAGAGACAACAGACAGCGCACCCCAGAACACUCGUGGCUACCUGGCGGUGCCUAGUUUCAGCUACGAGAGGAGAGCCUCCGAGGGCGUCUCCGUGGAGAAGUCCCGAGUCGAUCCAGCCAGCCAGAUCGUCCUAGCCGAGGAGAUAAUCAAGUUAUCCGAGCACCUGCGCUCUAUAGCGAUGAACACGUGUCUGAUGUCCAAUGACGAAGGCCCAGAGUCGAGCAAAAAGACUGACAAGGUCGAGGAGAAGGCCAAGAGUAACAGAAAUGGAGUUAACUCGAGGAGUAAUGGAAUGGUGUCCCAGGAGAGCACAGAGUGCAACGAGAUCGCGGAGAAACUCUCGAGCAUAGCUCGUCACAGGAAACUAAACGGAACGACCUUUCAUAGUAGUCGUAGCUUUGAAAGGCACGCCGAGACGAGUGCUGGAAACAUGUUCGCGACGUUGAAGAAAAAGCAGAGCGUCGAGGGAGAGUGUUCCACCUCGAAGAAGAACGAUAGAGUGUUUCAGGAGGAGUCUGGUACAGGAACAGAUAGUUCUGUCGUGUAUCCUUCUUUAUAUAUCCCACCCUUCGAAGGUUCGACAAGUUCCACCUCGAGCAACGAGAAGGAUAGAGUGCUAGGUAACAAUAUCGACAGUGACAUGGACCUGACGCCACCCUGGCGACGCCCACGCGUCAAGCACAUGUUUGGAGAGACCAGUAGGGAUGUACCUCGAAUUUCAGGAUUACGGAAUGUUCACAAAAGUCUGAAUCUUGAUGAGCCUACCAGUACCAAGGAUUUGUUGCUACACUUGUUGGAGGAGUGGGACGAAGUCGCCACGAGGCCUUCAGGAGUGGGAAGGAAGUCAGUGAGCGUCGAUUGGGGCGGAGAGGAGUCCGUUGGGAGGAAAACUAUGAACUCUCUCGCGGAGUACUUUCAGUCCAAGCAGCAGAAGUCGACGUCCAGUGCCGUCAACUCGUCUGCACCUAGCUCUAUACAUCGUUGAGGGCUGAGAAGACCACGUUGGACUUGACUGGCACUAUUCGCGACAGUGAAACUCUCAGGACUAUAUACAGUGGUGGACUUUGGGGUGUAUUUUUGGAUGUUUUGAACGUUGUUCGAUGUUGGAUGGUCUCGAGAGUGACGAAAAUGACAACACCAGACUUUUUGUAUGCGUCGUUUUUGUCCGUUCAAAGAUUGUAAAUAGAGAGAACAUCUCCAGCUUACGUGGUAACAAAGAAUUUGCAGUAGAUUCGAAACGUUUAUCAUGAGAACUUAUUUGCGCCGAGUUCAAGAGAAUUUAUUUCAUACAUUUUAUGUAAACUCCCCUCGGAUAACAUUCGAUGUACUUCGUGGAAAAAUAAAUUCAUUCCUCUUGAAUAAAAUAAAA